CCCAAUCUCUAAACCCUGAAAUCAAUUCUCACAAGCAAUCAAGCUCCAGCAGAAAAGGUCCGACCUUGAAUCGGUUUCAUAGCAGAGAAGCCAUGGCGGAGGAGACCCAGUUAGCAGAAGCAGCGAGACGACCAAACAAGAGGCGAAUAGGGAAGAGCAAGGGCUCCUCCAAAGCCAGAAAGAAAGCGAAGAAGAUGCCGCACGCUUCAGACGGAAGCAGGGCCAUGAAGCCCAAGAAGAUUGACCCCAAAAUGAAGAAGCUUUAUCGAAAACGAGCCAGAGAGUACGAUUCUGACGAGGAAGAAGACGAGGAGAAGGAGAGUGAUGGGUCUGAAGAGGAAGGAGGAGGAGAAGAGAGGGAAGCAAAGGAGAUGAGGGAGUUCUCGGAUGAGGAGGAAGAAGGUGAAGUUCAGCCCGGAAUUACGAAGCUUUCGGAGGGAUGCAAUGCGUUUAGGUCGGCUUUCAAAAGCAUUAUCAAGAAGAGCGUGGCUGAAGAUGUGUUGGGACCAGUAUUAUCAGGCAACAAAAAGCUUAUUGCAGAAAAGCUUGCUGAAGAGGAUGCUGAGCGUAAGGUCAAGGGAGACGUUAAGGAUAAACAAUUGGUAAUAGAAAAGGGGCAUGUUCUCAAUCCUGUCAUAUAUGACCCGCAUGAAAAGUUUCUAAUCAGUCUUGCUACUAGAGGAGUGGUCACAUUGUUCAAUGCUGUCAGCAAGGCACAAAAUGCUCAGAAAGGACUGGAUCCUUCCAGGUUUAAAGAUGCAAAAGUGAUAAGAAAGCGGAGGAAAGAAGCUUUCUUUUCAGAGUUGGGGAAAAGUAGUUCUUCAAAGGCUCAGACAUCUAAAGGCUCAGUGGAGAAUGAAGGGCCUGCCUGGGCUCCAUUGCGAGAUAAUUUCAUGCUAACAAAUUCCAAGUUGAAGGAUUGGGAUAAGAUGCCGGAGCAAGUUGGGAAAGAUGACAUUGGAAGGAUGUCUGAAGAUAGUAGUUCCGAUGAUUAGUGGUAUGGAACUUCUCAAACAGAUGUAUUCUUGGUUGGGCAAAUACUUUGUCUACUCGAAUGUUAUCCUAGUAUCACUACAACCUGAAAAUUUUGUCCCCAACAUUUUGCUAUUUGUUUUAAACGAGUGGUUGAAGAUGUG